AUGUUACUAUUAAACAGUAGUUUAAUGUUAUAAGUGAGUUAAACACAUUAUAACCUUGUUAAAUAUUUAAAAACUAAGGGAUAGUAAAAUAAAACAAAAUGAAAUUUCAUAAUAUGUAUUUUAUUUUACCUAAAAAACCAUGAGACAUGUCUUUCUCUAGUUAAAGUUGCUCCUGUGCAAUAAAUCGGUUAUGUCAAUAGAGGGCGAUAGAGAGCAAAAAGUGUGUGUAUUCAGAGUACGUACACACACCGAAAAUCCACACACAUUUUCGAUUUUGGCAUCUUUUUGAGGACCUCUCUGAAACUUUGAGAGAAGCAUAUAAACAGACUCUGGAGGCCAUUACAGUGAAAAUAAAGUGAGGACCGGCCUAAAUGUCCUCACUUUGCAAAAUGGUCCUCACUCCAAAGGUUAAAAACCCUUGCUUGUCCUCACAAAGAUAGCUGUACAAACACACACACACACACACUGCAGGACAGGGGGCGUCGGCCUGACACGCGGCGCUGGUGCGACACCUGUCAGAUUCACUUCAGCGGUGAUGUCAUCGUCCAUCGACGGACAAAAAAACAUAAGGUGUGUAAGCAGCUGUGUCGUCCCUUCUGUCCCGUGUGCAGACGCCACUUCAGGACUCCCAGGAAGUUUGUGGAGCACAUGAAGUCUGCGGAGCACAAGCAGCAGGUGCUCCUGGAGGAGGCUCAGGAGGAGGAGCUGAUCACUGUGGACGCUGUCGGCUGCUUCAAGGGAGAGGAGGAGGAGGAGGAGGAGGAUGAAGAACAAGAGGUGGAAGUAGCUGAUGAAGAAGAGGAGACUGUGUCGGAGGAAGCACACGAGGAGGGAUAUGACCCCGACACCACCUACGGAAGUGGCUUUGUGGUUCCUGUUUCUGGCUUCGUGUGUCGACUCUGUAACAAGUUCUUCUACAGAGAGACGACAGCGCGACACACACACUGCAGGACACGCACACACUACCUCAACCUGCAGAGUCACAGACCUCAGCAGAGACCUGAAGACGAGGACCGAACCGCUCAGACUGUGUCCCACAAUGCAUCUGUGUAUCCAGGUGAUGCACCGACGAUGACAUCACUGUGAUGUUUUAUUGUUCUGCCGCCGCAGAAACUAAUUAAAACUCCCAUUAAAAGAGUACAAACGCG